UUUCUGACUUUCAAGUUCCCAUGGGUGCUGGGCAACCCCAAAUGCUAAGUCGUCAGGCUGCUCACGCCCCUAAACCCCAAAGAAAGAAAAGUGAAUUCAGCAAGGGUCCCACCACUGUCUGCUUCAACGACUUCUCCCCAACUCGUGGGAAGUAGCUCAGACGCCAAGUGCCGAGGACGUCGUGAGAGUGGUGUCUCUGAGAACCGGAGACAGAGCCAGGACACGUGAUAGUAAGAGUUACGUUCUGCGGUGCGAGGGGCUGAGAUUCAGCUGGUCAUGUGACACGGGUGGGGGGACGCGCCAUGGCGUGAUGUGAGAUGCGGGUCCCUCGGAUUACGUACAAAUGACUCAUUCCCACGCCUUUUGGCAACUAGAUUUCCGUUCGAAGAUGAAAUAUUCCGGUGAAGGAGGCGGGUUCUCGCGUUCAGACAGUUUAACUUCCGCUCGGGGCGCCGCAGCAUCCGGCCUCCGCCUCUCCCCCGGGCGAGGAAGGGACACGAGCUUGUGCGCAUGCUCAAGUCAUCCCAGAGGGGCGGGGCCGCGGCUGCGGCUGCGGUGCGGGAGGGGGGAAGAAGAGGGAAUUCCAACCUGUGGGACUUUGGGGGGGGUCCCGAGGUCGGCUCCUUCCCAUUGGCUGUGGACGGUGCAAGGGGUGGAGCCUGAAGCGGCUCGUGAGUGUGGUGGGGUCCCUAAGGUGGGGGGGGGCUGUCAGUGCGAGUGGGGUACGGGACUUUCAAACUUAGAAUCUUGAGGCCCUCGGGGCUCGGGCGCCGGGGAGGGGAGCUCGGACCGCCAUGCGCGACAGGACCCACGAGCUGAGGCAGGGGGAUAACAGCUCGGACGAUGAGGACAAGGAGCGAGUCGCGCUGGUGCAACCUGGCACGGCACGGCUGGGGAGCCCGGACGAUGAGUUUUUCCAGAAGGUCCAGACAAUUCGGCAGACUAUGGUCAAGCUGGAGAAUAAAGUCCGGGAGUUGGAGAAGCAGCAGGUCACCAUUCUCGCCACGCCCCUUCCCGAAGAGAGCAUGAAGCAGGACCUGCAAAACCUGCGCGAUGAGAUCAAACAGCUGGGGCGGGAGAUCCGCGCACAGCUGAAGGCCAUAGAGCCUGAGAAGGAGGAAGCUGAUGAGAACUAUAACUCAGUGAACACAAGAAUGAGAAAAACCCAGCAUGGGGUCCUGUCCCAGCAAUUCGUGGAGCUCAUCAACAAGUGCAAUUCGACACAGUCAGAAUACCGGGAGAAGAAUGUGGAGCGUAUCCGGAGGCAGCUGAAGAUCACCAAUGCUGGAAUGGUGUCUGACGAGGAGUUGGAGCAGAUGCUGGAUAGUGGACAGAGUGAGGUGUUUGUGUCCAAUAUACUGAAGGACACUCAAGUGACCCGACAAGCCCUAAAUGAGAUCUCAGCCCGGCACAGUGAGAUCCAGCAACUUGAACGCAGCAUCCGUGAGCUUCAUGAGAUCUUCACUUUUCUGGCUACUGAGGUGGAGAUGCAGGGGGAGAUGAUCAACAGGAUUGAGAAGAACAUCCUGAGCUCAGCAGACUAUGUGGAACGUGGGCAGAAGCAUGUCAAGAUAGCUCUGGAGAACCAGAAGAAAGCAAGGAAGAAAAAAAUCAUGAUUAUCAUCUGUGUGUCCAUCACUGUCCUCAUCCUGGCAGUCAUCAUUGCCAUCAGCACAGCAGUUGGAUAAUGCAAUGUACUCUUGGCACUGGGAGUCCCAGGGACUGGGGCCUGGCCUUCUCUCCCAGCAGCUGUGGGGGCAGAGGAGAGCCUCCAGCUGGACCCCGUCGUCAUACUGGCCCCUGUGCAGAGGGGCAGAUGGUUCUUCAGGGGUUGGUAGCUGCUCAUUCAUGGGAGCCUCCCCUUCUAGGCCACAAUGCCUGGGGGUGGGGGACCUCUGGUAUCCUGUUUGACUGGGACAAAUGGUUUUGUAAAAAAUUAAAAAAAAAACAAAAGCUUGAA